UGCAGAUGGACGUCCAAGCAGCAUUUGACAAACUGCUGGAAACGCACCCGGUGACUCUGGAUGGGGACGUGCCAGACAAGACUGAGCGCCAAAAGGUGUCACCUGACUAUCAGCGGCAGCUGUACGAGCGUUGGCUGAAGGCUCAGAUGAAACUGCGCGUGCGGCAUGUUCUCGCCUACUUCUGCCGACGUCUCCCUACAGAAAAACAGGUCGGCAUCUGGAUUGUAAAGCAGGGAUGGACAAGUAACUUCCCCAACGCUGCCAAUAUCAUUAAAGAGUGGAAGCCCUCAGGAUCUGUGGACAUGGUUAUGGACUCCAAACACAUCCAGACAUUUACCAGUUCUCAGAAGUGGAGAGGACUUCUAGUCGCAGAUGUUGAAGGGAAGGGAAAGGGUGUCAUUGCCACCCGCAGAUUUCAGUCUGGUGAGGUGGUCUGUGACUACCAUGGGAGGGUCAUCACAGCCAAAGAGGGCCAUCACAUACAGAAGAACAUCAGUGAGGAGGAGACUGUAUAUAUGUUCUUUUACAGAAAUCAAAAAGGGCAGCCCAUGUGCAUCGAUGCACAUUCAGCACUUUGUGAGUGCCACCCCAAAAAGCAGACUGUUGGCAAGUUUAUCAACUACUCAAAAGCAGCAGCCAACCUAAGGCCCAAGUCUUAUAAUGUGACCAUCGAUGGGGAGGAAAACGAAGGGAUUAUUUUCCUUGCAACCAGGAACAUUGAGGUGAAUGAGGAACUCUUAUUUAAUUACGAAAAGUCUUUUUGUGGAGAUGCAGGCCUCGCUUGGCUGUCUUAGACUUUCUGCAACCAUCAGCCUGCCCGGCAUUCUCAAGGGCCAGCGAGAGCUCACCAGACACUGUGACCCCAAUGACCCCAAAGCUCAUCUGUAUUCAAGUCCACAAGGACAUCUUUAGACUUUUCUCUUUUUAUUUGUACAGU